GGGGUCUGGGCAUCUGGGAAUUGCUCACUGCUGCUCCGUGAUUGCCUGUAUUUUUUUGCAGUUUACGCACCGCUUUAUUUUGUAUAGUUGUCUUAUUUUUUUAGGCUUUCAAUUUGAUUAAUAUGGAUCUUCUGAGUUCUAUUAUAAAUUCCAUGGAUAAACCACCAUCUGUAAGUGAUGAUCAACGAGAGCUCAUGAAAAAGCAAAGAGAGGAUAUGAUACGUAUGCGGAGUGAGGAGAAAGAAAAAUUUUGUAAAUUCAGGAGGAAGGUCGAGGAAAGGAUUAAUCUCUUUCAGAAGGAUGAAAACGAAAAAAGACUGAAGUUCGAACCUAUGGAUCAUGUAUUCCGUGGUAUUAUUCACGACGUAGCUGAAAUAGCUGGCAUGACAGCAUACUCAUUUGGAGCAGAAGGCUAUGAUCGACAUACAAUGGUUUAUAAACGAGAUUAUCCUCCAUGUGAUGAUGAAAUCGCUACACUUAGAAAUGGCGAAGAAUGGAAUGAAGAGAAAGCAAAGGAAUUGGCUGAAAAAAGAAAGCUUGCUGAAAAAGCAAAAGCAGCUGAAGAGUGCGCAAAGAAGUCAAAACGUAAGGCAAGACCGAGAAAAAUAAUACCAAAGACCAAUUACCAAAUUAAGUACCAGCAUUUAAUUGGCACUGAAGUUGCCAAAGAUGCUGCAAGGGUUACUCAGACCAACAAAAGCUAUGGCUUCGUUCCAAGCGAGAAUAAGAAGGAUAUAAGAUCAAUUGAACAAACUCUGGCCGAUAUAAAAUCGAAGAAACGACAGAAGCUGGAUAACCCAAACAGUUCUGCUGCUGGCAGUCCAGAUUACUAAAAGCAUCCUCAGUAACAGCUGCUGCAGUAUUCGGUAAUCUUCAAUUAUUCACAGAAAAUGUGAUUGUCCACCUUGUUGAAAGAGUGGUAGUAGGUUACCCUGAGACAUAAUUGUAUCUCUAAACCAUUGAUGUUUAUGUAAUCAUUGUAUUGUCGCAUUGAUUGAACCUAUUGGUUCCAUUGUCCGUAGAUAUAUGUAAACUUGUUUGAAUAAGUCUUAUCCCAGUGUGGUAUCACCUACAAUGAAAUUCCCAGUCAGUGUAAGUGUUAGAAAUAAACCAUAAAAUUGAUGUGCAACUAAACUUUUUUCUACUGGUCAAGAAGAAUAAUCUUGUUCUCAAUCUUAUUUUUCGUGUUCAUAGAGUGGUAAUCAUCCAGUCGUCCCAUAAAUCUGAUUUGUCAUUUAAAAUAUCAAGGGAAAGAUUUGAGAUUUGAAAGAUGCGCUCAAAAUGUACUAGUCACAAUUUUAUGUUAUUCAAAUCUAGUGAUACCUUAAUUUUUUAUUCAUUUCGUUUUCAGCUAUUAUUUUCUCUGAAUUCCCCCCAAUUCUAUCAUGCUUACUUGAUAUAUCACUAUAUUGAAUUUUUCCUAUUUUAUUUUUUCUCAUUUGUCAUUUAAAAGAUCGAGGGAAAGAUUUGAGAUUUGAAAAAUGCGCUCAAAAUUUACUACUUACAGUAUUACGGUAUUUAAGUUUAUAUACCGCACAAAAUAGGUAAUUAAGUUUAUAUACCACAAACGUGCGCUCGCGCGAUAGAUAGAAAAAUGUUAUUGUAUACUCGAGGUGACUUCCAUGUUUGGCAUUGAGUUUAUUUAUAUUUCAAAAUUAUCUUUUUUGGGGAGAGCUCGUUUGAUAGGACUGAUAGUAAAGUCUAUCUGAUCUAGUGAAGGGGAUAGGCUUGUUUUUUAUAAUACCGUUUUAUCUGUCGCAGUUUUGGCAGUUUAAAAAAAAUUGUAUUAUUAGAGAAUGAACAGUUUGGUCAAUACUAUCCAAGUUCGUUUAAGUUGUUUGUACAUUCAAUUCAAUCUGAAGAACAUCGAAGACAUUCUGACAUCGGCAUUCCAGAAGAUACAAAACUAAGUGCUUUUAUCGAUCUGGAAGCUUAGUGGGUGAGCAGAGUGCAAGCGGCGGCGUCGGCAGCAAGCAAGUGCUCGCGCAUAUGCAGGACGUUCAUCACGCGAAUGGCGCAGGCAACGCGCGUCGCAAACAACACAAGCAACAGCAGCAACAGUUAAGCAAAUCUGGCGGCGCAACCAAACAUUCCUUGCUUCGUUUGUGACGAACGAAGCAAGGAAUACAAUUUGAUUGUUUAAUGGCAAACAACAUAUUCUUAUUCUUAAAAAGCCGACCAACUUCGCGCACCCCUGGAUGAUGACGUCACUCGAAGGACAUGGCGGCGCUGUUCUUGACAUGGAUUUCUGCCCGAACGGCAAAUUCCUAGCCACCUGUGCUGAAGACGGUGGAAGCAGCGGAACAUCGAGUGAAAGUGAGGCUAACAAGAAGAACAUCCCUUCGCGGACGAGAGGACAGCUCAUCACCCGGCACAACAGUGAAUAAGAAAGCUUUCACCAGUGCUCGAUUUGCAAAAAGUGUGAUCAACAAUGACAUCAGCAAACUGUAUGCCAAACUCUGUUGGUAUGGGGGUAUAGGGGAUAUCCGGUGUGGAUAUGACCAUCAUCCAUCACUUGCAGCAGUGCGUCAUAAACCCUGAUGAUCUCCUCUGGAUGGGAUACUCUGUGUAAAGCUCCAUUUAUUCUGGCCACGCCAUUGUCUUCAAGCCAUCCAUCAAUCACUCCAAGACCAUCCACAACAUUCACCUCUACAAAAGAAGCAAAAGCCCAAUCAAGACAGCGGCAAGUGAGCAGUUCGACCAAACCAAUCAUUGGGUUAGAUGUGAACGCUAGGGAAUUUGCGCCCAAAUUCUUCAACUAUGGGACAACUCUCAUAAAACGAAACUCUAACCCGGACUUCAAGGCGCAGAUUCCCGCAGCAACAUCCCUGAAGAAGCUCAGUGAGUGCCAAGGAGGCAGGAAAUGUUUCAGGUGUGGCAUUGUGACUUUUUUUCACAAGAUGGGAGGUAUUUGACCUCUGAGCAGUGUCUGUAUCACUGGGGGAAACUGCGGCCACAGUUCGAUCGAACAUCGAUCUACGAAUGUUGUAAAGGAAACAAGAAUGCUAAAGGAUGUACAACUGCAUGCGUUGAAUGGGCUACACGAGAAAGUGAGGGUAACAAGGAGAAUAUCCCUUCGCAUACGGUUGGUCUCUUCAGGCAUUAGAAGAAGAACCAUCAUGGACGCCGAGUGGACAGCUCAUCACCCGGCACAACAGUGAAUAAGAAAGCUUUCACCAGUGGUCGAUUUGCAAAAAGUGUGAUAACAAUGACAUCAGCAAACUGUAUGCCAAACUCUGUUGGUAGGGGGUUUCAUGACGCAAUGGUUUCUAUUGAGCAAUUUUUUUUUUAAACUAUAAAAAACAAGCCUAUCCUCUACCCUCUGCAAGGUUAUGUGAGGACCCGUCCCAGGAAGACACCUGUCCCGGAAUGUAAUAUGGUUGAAUAUUAUGAUUGGACUAUUUCAAUUUGAAAUAUAUAUUUAAAAAAUUCUUGAAUAAAGAAAUAUGAACGCUACUCGCUUGGCUGCAAAGAUUUCAAUUGUUAUGGUAAUAAAAUGAAAUGGAUCUCAACAAAAAAACACCUACCUUUCAAGAUGCCCUUCCGUUUGGAAUUCACUGAUAGACGCGACUUUACAAAUUAAAAUAAAAGAUCAAACUAUCUGAACUAAUGAAUCGGACAAAAUUGUCUUCUCCAAUAAUACAAUUCUUUUUUUAUACUGCCCGAACUGCGACAGAAAAAACCUAUAAAAAACAAGCCUAUCCUCUUCACUAGAUCAGAUGGACUUUACUAUCAGUCCUAUCAAACGAGCUCUCCCCAAAAAGAUAAUUUUGGGGUAUAAAUAAACUAUCCGUCAAUGCUAAACAUGAAAGUCACCUCGAGUAUGCAAUAACAUUUUUAUCUAUCGCUCGAGCACACGUUUGUUAUUAAAUAGAGGAAAGCUACAGUCAAUAUUGAAAACAAACAAAUAAAGAAUCUUUCUGCCAAUGACAAAUGACUGUUCAUUGAAUUAUAAUUUGAAACUGUAAAAUCCUGAUCAAUAUGAGAUAAAUAUAUUAUUAUAAGUUCCAUAUGACCAGGUGACAAAUUUUAUUUCAUUUUUUGCUUCUAUUCAGCAUGAUUUUUUUAUUUUCUUUUUUGGUUCUAUUAAGCAUGAUCACCAUUAUUAAACAAACGCACUAUCUCAGAUCUCAUACAAAUCUAGGUGAAUGUAUUCUAUAACUAAAUUUUUGUCACUAGGAAGUUCCUUAUUACUAUGUACACUGUACACUAAUGUAGCUUAUUUAGACCCAACACUAAGGAAGAGUGUAUUUUGAUGGUUUUAGAUACUAGUAUAUUUUGUAAUGUCUAUUUUAUCCAACUUAUUCACCAAUACCUUCUGAAGUGUCACGAUGGUGCUAUAACUUUGUUAAGUUAUUUUGUAGUAAGCCUGUAAGUGGUUUUGAGAGAAUAAUGAUAGUUAUUCGCGGGUACUCUUAGUAGCUUUAUUGUGAGGAAAGAAUGUUUCAAUUGUGAAAAAGUCAAGUUUGAUCUCUAUUAUAUGGUAUUAUUACCAAAAAGCAUUAGUGCUUUUGCUAUGUUCAGGGGGAUUAUUUCUCAUUUUUUCUUUAGAUAAGUUUUAUUGUUACCAAAAGGCAUUAGUAUUAAUUUGCCAUGUUCAAUCGAAUUAUUUCUCAAUUUUCUGUAGAUAAGUUUUAUUGUUACCAAAAGGCAUUAAUAUUAAUUUGCCAUGUUCAAUCGUAUUAUUUCUCAUUUCUCUGUAGAUAAGUUCUAUUGUUACCAAAAGGCAUUAGUAUCAAUUUGCCAUGUUCAAUCGAAUUAUUUCUCAAUUUUCUGUAGAUAAGUUUUAUUGUUACCAAAAGGCAUUAAUAUUAAUUUGUCAUGUUCAAUCGAAUUAUUUCUCAAUUUUCUGUAGAUAAGUUUUAUUGUUACCAAAAGGCAUUAAUAUUAAUUUGUCAUGUUCAAUCGAAUUAUUUCUCAUUUUUUCUGUAAAUAAGCUAUAAAUAUCUCUAGAACACAUAUUAGUUUUAUAAUUUCUAGUUUGAUUAGUACUGUUGUUUUUUGUUUUUUUUUUAUUCAAGUCGAUUCAUUUAUCCACCCCUUAGUAUGAGAUUAGAUCAUUUAUUAAUAAAACACAUUGAAGUAAGUUAAAUGAUAUUCACCUUCUCGUGUAAUAUCUCGUCAUAUCAUAUUAAAGAUGUAUUUGUUUUGUUAAUUUUUAUUGAUUUAGUUUAUACAAUCAUCUUCUAUGACACACGCAAUUUAUAUAUUUGUAUAGAACUAAUAUUGAUUAUUUAUCUAUUUCGUUAUUACUACUAUCAGUCAUCACUGUAGGAGCAAUAUUUAUUUCAAAUCAUAUCAAUCUUGAGGAUUGAUUCAUAUUAUAUUAUAUCAAUCUUAAUAUGUGAUUUUUUAUUAUACCAGUAUCAAUAUUUGAAUGAUAAACUUAGUUGCUCAAAUAGAACCUCAUUUAUUUCAUUCAUUAAUACAAACACAAAUCAUAAUAAUAUAUGAAUAUGACUGAGCGAGAGCAACAGGCCUAAACCAAAACUGCUCUACUCCCAAAUUUUAUAAAUAAUAAUUAUAAUAUCGAAGUGACCUGGCUGGCUGACUCAGAUCUGGUGUCAGAGUUUUCAGGUCGCAACUGAUCAAUUUCAGGGCCUCUGACAAGACCUAGCCACUGCUUUUUAGGCAGCCGGGACCGACGGCUUAACGUGUCUAUCCAAAACACGGGAGUGGCCCGAGAUAAAUAUCUUAAAUUAUUCAAUUUUCAAAAAAUAGGUUAUAUCUUCACUGCUAAGAACUGAAGUCCAAUAUUAGAAACUAUCGAUAGUUUUAUUUGGCGAAGGAAACCUCUCGAGAUGGUUCCACCUGCAACUGCUUCAAUUAGGACACCACGGAUCCACAGUUUAAGUGGAGUUCGAAACACCACAAUGUCCUUCAACUACUUGCGAUGGGUUGAAUAAUCUUAUAUAUACUGUAUACUCCGAAUUAAUCAAAAGAGGAAACUGUUGACUGGUCCUGACCUCAUUCUUGUGAGAUUUUCUUCUUUAUUGAUUCGUUAGGUGUUUCCCUGCAAUAACUUUGCCGGCUGCUCUCAUUUUAGCUGCUGCUUGCAGGAGUACAUCUCAUCUUUUGUCUUUAAAAAGCAACCGACAGCAAUUUUAGGCACAGUCAAAAUCCUCACUUUCCACAUCAUUACUUCGAGGAUUCGUUCUUGAUUACUCAAUCUAUCACCGUGAUUCUUUGCCGAUAUUUUUCUAGGACUGACGUGGCAGUUCGGUUUUCAAAAGUACAAUAGGAAUAUAAUCUUCUUCAAUACUUGGACGUCCGGUUGACGAGUUUACAUUCUCGACAGGCUUCACAUGUUUGGUGGGAGAUCUCUGUCUUGCUCAUGUGCGGAAGGAGGCAGGAGGGCUGGUUAGAUUUCAGGUUCGUCUAGAAUUCUCUCGGACAUGAGGAACUGACAACAUUAUCAUCGUUACUGGUAAUAUUACUAACAUUACCUACAACACCUGUGGUAUUCUCAAUUCCCUGCCCGUCACAUCAUGACCAGUUUUUUCGGAAGAACUGGGAUGUGAAACUUCUCUUUCCACAUUUUGUGCACCCAAAGGCUCAUCAAAAUAGAUAACGUCAGUCCCAUCACUCUCAGUGAUUUCGUUUUGGUGCUUCCUGAUCGAUGUCGUUGAUGACUCUGUUCAUAGCAUUCAAGUUCUCACGACUUCCCUAAACAAAGCCAGUAAACAGUUUUGAGUUGUCGGAUCGGUUUGACAACUCGUCGGGCAAUGGUCUCACAAUCAGAAUCAGGGACAAGUAUUUCUUCACAAACCACCAAACAGGACUUUGGUGACGGAUGUUGUAGACAAAUUGUUGGGUUUUGUUUUUGAUGUUGUUGCAUGUUGCGUUCACGUUGGAAGCUGGAGAGGCUUGGAUAAUGUCAUCAUCAUCAUAAUCUACAAGGAUUGGCAUAUUUACUCUCCGUUCUCCUCCGCUCAACUGCAUGCGAUUCUCUCCUCACUCUUACUCUAUCCUCUGUCAGCUCUUCUUCGUCCUCUCCAACUGACUCAGUGAUUCGAUGAUCCGUGUACAUUAUUGAAGGUCAAUUAUUUGGACGUUAUUGCUUGGAGGCCAAGCGGUCGUGGUUGAAUUUGUUCAGUUUGACGACUUGUUCGCUGCGAGACAAGGAGGUCGCCUCGUCUCUCCUCAGAUUCGAUGAUGCGAUGGCAGCACCUGAUACAUUUCUGCGACAAAUGUUGAUGACCUCAUUCAUGCCACGCACAGGGGAGAAGUUGACAGUCGAGUCUUGCAGUUCCUCCUGGUUACUGCUAUCGUCACUUCUAGAAUUUUCCCUAAAAAGUGCUUCACCACAGAUGGAAAUUACUGAGAUAUUGCAAUUAUUCAAAUGAUAAUGAAUUAAUAAUAAUUAUUAAACGAAAAUCCAAAUAAAAUGUUGUAAUUCAUAUAAAAUAAGAUAUAGCAUUUAAUUUGGAUUUUCGUUUAAUAAUAAUUAUUAAUUCACCACAGUUAGAAAAUCAGAAUCCAAAUCUUCCUUGUCUGCUUUUCCUUCUAUUACCUUCACCAUUAUUACCUUCCGCUUCCAUCAUGACCAGGAUCCUGGAUUGGCAGUGUCACAUCUGGGUAGUGUCUUAUCAAGUCCUCAAAUGAGCUUCCAGGAACUCAUCUAGGAUGUAGAGAGGAUUCUCUUGCAGCCAUCUCUUCAUGGUCCUUGCAAAUUUGCCUGCUUCUAAAUCCCUGAUUCUCUGUGGCAACCUGCUGUACAUCUUGAUUGAGAGCCAGGUAAGCCAGGUGAAAAUUCGCAGAUACUCUCUUAGCAAAAAGCCACAGUGUUCAAGGCAAACCUCAAAGCAUGAAUGAUACGUUUCUGUCAACUCAGAGAACAGGGAAAUAGUAGGUAUGAGCCUUUUUUAACAUCUCUUCAAUAGGUGAGCAUCUAAAGAAGGUAUAUUCAUGAAAAUACUAUCAUUGUAUUACAGUACUUUGAUAUUUGAGAGUUCAAGAUAGUUGAGAGGUAUGGAUGUCUGUCCAUGGUCUUGGUGAGCCAGCUCAAUAAUGCUUCCUCCUCUUAAGUUCCGUCUGUGGAUCGAUUCUCUCGUUGACAACUUGCCCACCUCCUCUCUCACAAACCGGAGACACAACAGGAUGUAUUGUCCAUAUACCAUUCGGAUCCACAGCCUCCGUUAUUAUUCUCUAUUCAUAUUUUCUUUUAAUCUGCAUUCAUCUUCUCUUCUCAUAUUUUGAUCAACCACCUUCCUUAGAAACUUAUGGCCAGCUGGCUCUUCAAGACUGUUGAAAUAUAGAUUGCAUAAUCACAAUAUGUAAUGCAGCUGAACAAAAACAUCUUGAACAUAAUUUUACAAACUGUAUGUCCCUUUCCCAUAUCAUAGAAAAUUAAUACAAGAAAUAUAAGGAAACAUGUCCAUUAUAAUGAGAAUAUCAGCUCAAAUGUCUUAAGUUCUGAUCGAACGAUGAAAUAAAUGAAAUUCUUGAAGGUGAGAAUGUGUUCCGUUUUAUUAAAUCAAAAAGAUUGCUCUGGGCUGGUCAUGUUGAGAGAAUGGCAGAACAUCGAGUGCCAAAAGCAAUUUAUAAGGCCAGGAUGGAGAGCAGAAGACCAGGAGGGGAGACUACGCAACCGAUGUUAUAUAAUAUUAAUUAUAAUAUUAUUCUGUUAUGAAUUGGAGGGUGAUUUCCAAAGAUGGGGAUAAUUAAUUAUGUUAUUUAUAUGAAUUAUCAAAAUUUGGGAAUAGAAUAGUUUUGGGCCAAGCCUGCUCUUCCUUCCCAAUCAUAUUUAUAUGAUUUGUGAUUGUAUCUACAAAUAAAUAAUAGCAUGGAGACGAAAGGCGUGUCCGUAAUGUGUGGAGGGCUCUUGUGCGAGAGGCAAAGCUGUUAAGUCAGAAGAAGAAGAAGAUGUCUUUAGUUUGAAUCUACUGAGUGUAUGUCAUUUCAAAGUCCGUCUUAAGGUUAUAUUAAUUCACCUCUUUAUAGAUCUUUCAAAAUCAAACAAUUAUUAACGCACAGUAUUCUCCUUCUAUUUCGGACAAUAAUAAUCGAGGUGCAUGCACAAAUUUUAAUUUUGUAUUUUCUUGUCUGUUUCGUUGAGAAUAUUAUUAACUAGACUGAAUGUUGAGAAAUUUUUUUAUUGUAUUUUUCAAGUAAGUCAUGCCGACUGAGAAAUCUUUUCCAACUGAGAAAAAAAUUUUACUUGGUAUACAAUUUAAAUGUAAUACCUUAACAAAUUCAGCAUUUUGUAAGAUAAGGAGAUCAAUACAAUACAUACUGUAACUCAAUUUUCUUGGAAAAAAUUAUAUUUUCUCUAUAUAAUUAUCAUAAUUGUUGACGUAAAUUAGCCAAGAAUUCUUAGAUUCGUUAUAUAUUACGUUUAUUUUAAGUGGAAGUGGAGAUUUUCUAUUCUGAACUUCCUAUAAUGGAAUUUCUUCUCUACAAGUUGAAAUCAUAUUUUGAUCAACAAUUUUUACUAUAAUUCACUUUCAACUUCUCAUUUUCAAUCAAUUACAGUAGAACUUCAAUAAUUAAGGAUAAUUUAGAUAAUUUGAAUUUUCAGAGUAACACAAAAACGCUGGUAUUAGCUUACUUCACAUGCAAGUGUACUCAAGUUUCUCUGUUAUUGUAAAUUAUUUUUCGAAUUAAUAUUGGAGAUUAUGUUUUACACAAAUUUAUUAGUUGACUUGAAAAUAUUUAGUUAUAUUUCAAUCAUUCAUAUAUAUAUUUUUUAUCGACGAUAAUUGAUAUAUAAUGCAGAAUAUUGUGUCCCAAUAUCUUAUCGAACCUCAGUAUUGUUGAAUGUAUGUAGAAUAUAAAAUAUAUGUUCAUUACAUAAUCUUUAUAAUCUUUCAUGGAAGAGAAUAAAAUAUGUGUUGAAAUACUGCAGAUCCAAGUUUCCUGUAUUAAAUGUAUGAAAUAUUUUCAAA